CUCUCCGCAUGGACAGGCUGCGCCAAGAAAUUCGGGCAUUUUCCAGCAAAAGAUUGAUGCAGGAUUAGUCACACAAUGCAUCUGGUUGUUGGUUGCGGCCUAAUUAGUGCAACAGUUGGUACCGCUAAAAAAACGGAAUUCUUGUGCAUGAAGAUUUGCGCCUGCAGUCCCCGAUGUGGUGAAGGUGCUAUGUGAGAAGUUAUGUUCUCGGUGCUGAUCGACGUGACCAGAAAGGAAAAUCUCAGCAUAUUUAUUCGGGCGCAAAGCUGAAUAAGUGCUGUGCGAAGUCAUCAACGGGAUCGGUAGCCACAAAGAGUUACCAACAGUAGCAGAUUGUGCUGAACGGCUCUGGAAGUUGAUGUGUUUUGUGCCGUUUGGUAGAAAAGAUUGCGGAAUAGUGUAGUGACCAAAACAAAACAAAACAAAAGCAAUUCCUACAGAAAAGCAUACUACAGAAGAUUUGGAAUACCAACGAUCAUUAUAGCUUUUGAGCAUAUACGGUGCAGUGAAUAAUUAUUCAAGAAAAGAAAACAAAAAUCAAACAAAUUGUCACAUUGAGCACAAGGUUUAUGCUGUGGCUUUUAUGAAGAUUGUUAUAUCUUGGUGUCUGAGUCUUAGGACGUUAUAUUAACGUCCUACUCAUGUAUAGUUGGCCGCAGCGAUGGCCAAACCGAACAACUCGUCAUGUAUAGGUUUUGUAAUUAAUUUAUUUAUUUUUAUUAAUUUAAUUUUAAGUAGUAAUGCACAGCGAAGACCGUUUACUAGUAAUAGGUUCCCGUCUGCUGUGAAAGCAUUUCCAUCGUUAGUAGUGCGAAAGCAGUACUACUUGCCGCACACAAACUUCAUGAUUGUCCAAACAGAACCGCCUCUGAUUAGCAGCAGUGACAGUAGCGCCCAACGAGGCGAUCAACAGCCACCCCAAGAUGAUUGGUCCGGCGAAACGGAACGGCAAGAGCACGAGACGACGAAAGAAGCGUCUGAGAAUGGUGUAGACAACUUCCAACGGCCGGGCAUGAUUAACAAUCAUAUCAAUUAUAACAAAUAUAAUUCGAUCUUUAUGAGUUCGUAUCCGAAGCGAACGACAACUUCGUCGGAGGAACAGGAGGAAGACGUUUUGGAAGCAGCGAGGCGCCCGUAUUCGAUCUUUCGACAUCGUGGAGUAGCAAGUAGGCCUGUCCAUCGUGUUCAUCCGUGCGAGCAGAGCAGUUGUUAUCCGGCGACCGGUAACCUGCUGAUUGGCCGUGAGAACCGGCUGUACGCGUCGUCAACCUGCGGUACGGUGCGGCCCGAGCGCUACUGCAUCGUGUCCCAUCUGGAGGAGAAGAAAUGCUUCCUCUGCGACACGCGGCCUGAGACGGCCAGCAACCCGAUGAAGAACCACCGGGUCGGGCAGAUCAUCUACAAGAAUCAACCCGGCACGCUGGAUCAAUCCUGGUGGCAGUCGGAAAAUGGCAAGGAAAACGUGACGAUUCAGCUGGACCUGGAGGCGGAGUUCCACUUUACCCACUUGAUCAUCGUGUUCGCUACCUUCCGGCCGGCAGCUAUGCUGAUCGAACGGUCGUACGAUUUCGGAAAGACGUGGCACGUCUAUCGGUACUUUGCCCACAACUGCCGGGAUGCGUUCCCGAAUGUGCCGACGGUAGCCCCGACCAAGAACAUUACGGAAGUAAUCUGCGAUGGUCGGUACUCAGGUGUUGAACCGUCGAAAAACGGUGAAGUCAUCUAUCGUGUGCUGCCACCGAUGAAUAUCGAAAAUCCGUACGCCGAACAUGUGCAGAACAUGCUGAAAAUGACGAAUCUGAGGAUCAACUUUACCCGCCUACAUACGCUGGGUGAUACUCUGCUGGAUGAUCGUCAGGAGAUUCAGGAGAAAUAUUACUACGGCAUCUCGAACAUGAUCGUGAGAGGUUCGUGUUCCUGUUACGGGCAUGCGUCCAGGUGUUUACCGCUGGAAGGGGUACGGAACACGAUCGACAUGGUGCAUGGAAGGUGUGAGUGUACUCACAACACCAAGGGAUUGAAUUGUGAGGAGUGCGAGGACUUCUUCAAUGACUUGCCAUGGAAACCGGCUUUGGGCAAGCAAACCAACGCCUGCAAAAAAUGUCACUGUAACAACCACGCCACCUCCUGUCAUUUCGAUCAGGCUGUCUACGAACACUCCGGUCGGGUGAGCGGCGGUGUUUGCGAUAACUGUCAACACAACACUCAAGGCUAUCACUGUGAGGAGUGUGCUCAGUUCUUCUACCGCGAUCCUAAUGAAGAUAUCCAGAGUCCGUACGUGUGCAAGCCAUGCGAUUGCGAUCCCCGAGGAUCCCUCGACGAUGGAAUUUGUGACUCUUUUGGCGAUGAGGAGAGUGGAAUCGAAGCUGGUGCGUGCCAUUGCAAACGCUAUGUGAAUGGUCGACGAUGUGAUCAUUGCAAGGAAGGCUUCUGGAACUUUGACGAGAACAAUCCCGAGGGAUGUCAAUCUUGUACGUGUAACAUCUUGGGAACGGUGAACAAUGCGGGUUGCAACGUUCACACCGGCGAAUGUAUCUGUAAAAGGUUAGUCACGGGACGUGAUUGUAACCAGUGUAUCCCGGAGACUUAUGGUCUGUCGGAAACGGCCGAAGGAUGCACGCCGUGCAACUGUCAUCCGGGAGGUUCCUUGGAUAACGAUUGUGACGUAGUUACCGGUCAGUGUCGUUGUAGACCACACAUGCAGGGCCGUGAUUGUGCCAUUCCCAAGCAGCACUAUUUUAUUCCUACGCUGCAUAAGGUGCUGGAAGCGGAGUUCCCAGGCACGAUUUGUGACCAUUACUCUUCAACAGCCAACUGUUCCGUUGUAAUCCGUGAGCAUCCACAUGAUCGGCCAGCGACCUGGACUGGGCCCGGGUUUAUUCGUGUGUACGAAGGAACGGAGUUAACGUUCACCGUCGAUGAUAUUCCGAAAACGAUGAACUAUGAUGUGCUGGUGCGCUAUUCACCCCAGGUGAAGGGUGACUGGGAGGACAUCCGAAUGACAGUGCAACGACCCGAUGAGUACGACCCGGAAGGCCCGUGUGCCAAUUCGCAUCCGAAUUACGAUACGGACAUUCACGCAACGCUCCCGGAGCACGAUACCAAUGCGGUGGCCUUGCAUGAGGUUUGCUUAGAAACUGGUAAAACAUACAAGUUCAUUAUUUCGUUCAAGCGUCACAAUCCGUACGACGAUAAUCCAGCGGCCCAAAUUUUAAUCGAUUCGAUUGUACUUGUUCCGAAAAUUGAGGUAACCCCGAUCUUCCACGGAUCGACACAGGCGGAACUCAUUUUCAAAGAGUAUGGUGAUUUGGGAUGCAACCAAACGUACUACGACGUGAAUUAUGAUGUUAAUGCACCGACCGAAUGCAAGGAUUUGUUCUCGACGGUCAGCAUGUUUGUCUUCAACGGAGCUACUCCUUGCGAAUGUAACCCAACCGGUUCGACGACCAAAAAAUGUGAGGAAUUUGGAGGUUACUGUACGUGCAAGACAAAUGUUGUCGGUCGUCAAUGCGACCAGUGUGCUCCGGGAACCUACGGGUUCGGUCCCGAAGGGUGCAAGGCUUGCGAUUGUAACAGUAUCGGAUCAAAGGACAACGACUGCGACUUGGUAACUGGCCAAUGUAGUUGUCAUCCCAAUACCUACGGACGAGAGUGCGAUCAAUGCCAGCCUGGUUUUUGGAAUUUCCCGAACUGUCAAAUGUGCGAGUGUAACGGACACACUCCGGUUUGCAACUCCAAGACCGGUGAAUGUACGCAGUGUCAGGACUUCACGCGUGGUUGGAAGUGCGAUCGUUGCGUUGAGGGAUACUACGGAAAUCCGCUGCUGGGGUCGGAGAUCGGAUGUCGUCCUUGCCGCUGUCCGGAUACGAUCGCAUCUGGGCAUUCGUACGCGAACGAAUGCUUGCUGGAUCCGAAGACUAACGACGUGAUUUGUCUGUGCGAUCAGGGCUAUGCUGGGGCUAAAUGUGAUGUGUGUGCGGACAACUAUUUCGGUAAUCCGGAUCGACCGGGUGGAGUUUGUAAGCCGUGCGAUUGUAGCAACAAUGUGGAUGUGAGCCAGUCCGGCAAUUGUGACGCCAAAACGGGACAGUGUCUGCAGUGUUUGUACGAAACGGAGGGCGAUCACUGUGAGAUAUGCUCGGAUGGGUUCUACGGUGAUGCGCUGCAGCAGGACUGCCGACCGUGCGACUGCAAUGUGUUGGGAACGAAUCAAACAGUGCAGUAUUGCGACCGGUUUACCGGACAGUGUCCUUGCUUGGCGAACGUUCGGGGUCAGUACUGUGAAGAGUGUAUCGAAAACCAUUGGAAGAUUGCGAGCGGCGAGGGCUGUGAACCGUGCGACUGUGAUCCGGUUGGUUCGGUUAAUGAGCAGUGUAAUCCGUAUGAUGGACAAUGUACGUGCAAGCAAGGUUUCGGUGGACGGCAAUGUAACCAGUGCGAGGCAAACUUCUGGGGUAAUCCGAAUGUGCAGUGUAAUGCAUGCGAUUGUAAUCCUUACGGAGCGGCUACCCAUCAGUGUAAUCGUGAAACUGGCCAGUGCGUCUGCAACAAAGGAAUCGGCGGAUAUAAGUGCGACCAGUGUGCUCGGGGAUACCUGGGCGAAGCACCGUACUGCGAGCCGUGUGGCGAAUGUUUCGAUAACUGGGACAUUAUAUUGGAGGGAUUGCAAGAGGAGACCAACCGAACGAUCGAGGAAGCCAAAUCGGUCAAAACGCUGGGUGCUACCGGUGCCUACAAGAAGGAAUUCGACUCAAUGAGUAAGAAGAUUGAUGUGAUUAAUGGCUUACUGACGAACACGAUUUCCGAUCGGGAGAUUGAAGCCAUCGACGGUCGCAUUGAGGAGGUUAGAAAACAUCUGCGGGUGUCGUUGAAAGCGCUGGAGGAAUCGGAGAAGCGAUUGCAGGACACCGGGGCUAGCAUUAAUUACGCGAACAUCGAGAUUGACGAUCUGAGUAAGCGAGCAGAGGAGGUUAAGCAAAUGGCAAACUACCUGCGAGAAAAUGCGACCAAGCUGCAGGAAGGCAACAUAGAGGGGGCGUUGAAUCUCACCCGAGAUGCCUGGAAUCGUGUGACUCUUCUAGGUGAAACCAAUAUGGAAAUCCAGGAGCUCAAUGAUAACGCCGAGCGGCAGUGCAAACGGACGGAGGUUUUGCUCAAAAAACAACAGGACCAUUUUGACCAGUUGCACGAAAGUAAUGAAGCGUCCUUCCUGAAGUAUCAAGCCGAACUAGACACGUUGAAUGCCCAUAUGCCGGACUUAAACGAACGCAUUUGCGAUAGACGGGGAGAUCCGUGUGAUGAGUUUUGCGGUGGCGCGGGCUGCGAUGGCAAAUGUGGUGGUCUUACAUGUGACAAGGGCGCAUUAACUAGAUCGGAAAGAGCGUUGUACUAUGCAAAGAAAACCGAACAAAUCAGCAAGGAAAAGGAAGAACUGGCGGAUGAUAUACUGCGAUCGAUGUCGCAAGCCAAAACCCACGCAUCGGAAGCCUUUAAAAAGGCGAAACUAGCUCACGAUAAGGCCGAAGCUCAUCACAAUCAGACUCGUGGUCUGAUCGACCAAGCCACCGAAGUGGUUACUGCCUUGACGGAAAUAAUCGACAAUAACACGGCCUCACCGGACAAAAUUCAGGAGCUGUCGGAUAAAAUCCGGGGGUACGAGUUGCAACUAGAUCCGGCCCAGAUACAGAAAUUGGCUGAACAAAUCGACGAAGCUGUUUCACAUUUGGAGAAUGUAGAGUCCAUCAUUCAAAGUACGGAACAUGAUUUGCAGCUUGUAGAGCAGCUGAAAGAAGCCACUAUGGGAACGAAGGAUCGUGCCAACAAAGUUCUAGAACAAGCGAUCGAUGUAAUCAAAGCACUCGACGAUGCUGAUGAAGCGCAGAAAAAAGCCCGACAAUCGAUUAAACGAGCUAACGAAGAUAUCCAGUCUGCUAAGAUUGAUUUAGAAGAAAUCGACAAAGAAACUGACGAUGCGUACAAACGUGCCAACGUGACGGCCAAUAAAGUGGACGAAUUGAAAGGUCGCCUUAACAAACUGCACGUCAGUAAUGUUCAAAACGAGCAAGAUGCCGAGGAAAUCAUCAAGCAGGCAGAAGCGGUGAAGGAGUCUGCAAACACCGCUCAUGACUUGGCUACACAGCUGAAAGACAACUACAAAACAGCCAAUGCUACUCUCUCGGCUAGAUCGGGUGCAUCGGAAAGCGCACGUGAACGUGCUCAGAAUCUACUGAAGCGGGCAUCCAAGAUCACUGUGGAAACUACUAAUCAGCUCAAAAAGCUUCAAGAACUUUACACAACGUACGAAUCGAACCAGAAGGACCUCGAUUCGCUGGAGGUACAAAUACAUGGUUUGACCGAGCAGAUCAACAACUACUUGAAUAAAAUCCAGAGUGACGCUGAUCGUUACCGACAAUGUACUACGUAGAGUAAUAGAGCAAGCGAAAAUAACUAACAAACAAAAAAAAAACAAUUAAGUAACUGUCUGCUAACAAAUUUGUGUUCAAUGGAAGAAGUAACGAAAAGGAUUCGUGAUGUUUAUCGAAACUGCCGAUAGUUGAGAAUCGUUUGUUGUAACAAAUACGCAAUUUGGAACUAAAACAAUAAUUUUUAUUCCUAGGUUUUAAGUAAAAGGCCGGAACUGAAAGAGCACGUAACAUGUAGUGAACCACAGAAGAAUCCCCUUAGAUUUCACUCCUCGUAACUUAGCAGCGACGGGGAGAGCCAAACAUUAGAAACAUUUGCAGUGAUUUUUAGCAUACAAAUUUUCGUACAGUGUUCUAUACCACACUGAUAAAAAAAGUUCAAUAAAACAGAAGUGCCAAAAAAGUGUCACGCAAAAAUGCCAUUUAGUUUUACCAGUGGGUAACGAGUAGCACUUAAGAAUGUAGUAAUAAAAGAAAAAGUAGUUAUGUAACUUUGAACCCAAAUUAACUAGGCAAAAGCCACUCUCGAUUUAUGUAAUCAGAAGAUCCGCAAUAAAGCAGUGCAUUUUGAACAAUAACAACGACUUUCUAAUAUCUGAGUACCUACUUCUUAGGGUGCAAAGAUUGAAUAGUUUUCGGGUCAAUUUUGAGCAUAAUAACAGUGAAACCAAAAUAUACAGGAUCAUGAUUUUCACUGCAGAGUUGAAGAUGAUUUUUUUUUUGUUAUUUGAAAAAGAAAAAAAUGUAUGAAGUAAAACCAAUUAUUAUUCUAAGCAAGAACAAAACUUUUAGUCAGUAAGUUGAACUAGCAAUACUUUAUAGCAAACGCAAAUAGUCAUAAAGAUUUUACUGCUAAUAAUUUUAAUUUCGAGCAUAAAUAAAAUAAACAUUAUUGUGUAACUACCAC